ACUUAGAUGAUUGCAAAAUGGAACUCGAUUAUCUUUUGAAGGAAGAGAGGCUUUCUGGAGCAUCUUUGCUAAUACUAGCAAAUAAGCAAGACCUAAAAGGUGCUCUUACACCAGAUGAAAUUGCUAAGGUACUAAACCUGGAGAAUAUGGACAAAACUAGGCAUUGGAAAAUCGUGGGCUGUAGCGCAUAUACAGGGGAGGGGCUGCUUGAGGGAUUUGAUUGGUUAGUUCAGGACAUGAUGAUACCUUAGGAUCUAGUCAACAUUAAGCAAUAGAGUUAGGGUUUUUUUUAUUGGCCCUCUCAGAGAACUGAUUAAGGUCCAUUUGUACUGUUUUAUUAACUAUCUUAUUGUUGUGGAAUUUAGUCAAGCUGUGAAUUGGACAAAAAAAAAAAGUCAAGCUGUGAAACUUUUUGGGUCAAUAGUAUUAUUGAAACUUUCAAUGGGAA